GCUACUCACGCAAACGCGGUUUUAGCCAACAUAGUGCGCGGUAUCCUUCUACUCCGAGACACAUAGCGGUGCAAGGUUGCAAUCAGACAACUUCUCCUGAUUUUGUUUCGUUAUAUGCAGGUCCAUAUUAUCAUCUCGAUCCUAUAUCAUACACUAGCACAGAUCUCAUCAGCGUGCUCACUACUCGGCCCGAUUUUAGCACGUAUGGCCCUACAGUUCAGGAGCACAUUUUUGAGCUCGGCUAUAUCAACAACUUUUUUACCCAAGCACCGAUAAAUCAAACUGUUGCUGGAGGGUGUCAGUGGAUUCAAGACAAUGUCUUCAACUACAUACUACCUAAUGGACAGACAUUAGCCUCAGCACUGCUAGCCGCAAUUGACACUCCCGAGAAUAUGGUGUGGGCUGAUGUUCCGAUGAAUCAAGCCAAAUCAAACGUCGUGAACAACAAUUGCUAUACCCCCGGCAACCCCCCGCAGCGUUCUACCAUGGAAUAUAUAGUCGAUGGCGGAGGAGUCGUCAUUUCUGAUGAUCUCGUCCAAUUGGAAACAUUCCUACGCAAUUUGGCAGCGCUCGGUCAAUACUUUCAAGAGACUGCCUCAGUCUUCCAGGCCACCGCCUUGCGCAUCCAGAACUUGCUGUCGUGGAUUACACCCACGGAUGUACCGGAUUCAACAGCGAGUAUACCAUUAAUAUUCAACACAUGGCUUCGCAAUACGGUUGCUGCAUAUCCGGCAGGCUGCACAUCACGAGCGGAGAAUUCCUGGAACUACUAUAGGUCCAACUGCAUUCAGGUCCUUUUAAGUCAAGGAAUCCUCACGGCUGACGAUAUGUGUACAAUACCACUAUACGUCAAUAACGUGUACAACCCGUCUACAUUUAACUACGAGGCACUACUUCCUCCUGAGCCCACUUCUCCACGAUGCAACGUACCAGGAUCAUAUGGUUACCUUUAUUUUACAAUCCCAAACGAUGGCCUUGGCGGGUUCAUCACACAACCUUAUACAAUACUCGGCUCUGGAAGAACGGAUCUUUAUGGCAUGGGCGUGAUAUCAGCUACGAGCGGAGCAGUCUCCUACAUUCAAGCCACUGCUGUUGACCCCUACAAUCAACAAGGUUGCGCUGGCGCUUAUCUCUUGGAACUCAACACACAGCAAGGUGGUUCAUCUGCGCCCGUGUACGUUUCCUUCGUCUGCACUCCUGGAGGUGGCACUACUGGAUAUCAAACGUUUUUCGUCAUCAAUGAGCAGCAGAUGUACUGCGCCGGAGGGAAUGUUGGGGCUGCUACCCUCGAUGGAAUCCAAGGUGCCUUUAUGUGUCAUGCAACGCCGGGUAUGGCUACCCAAUGUGCAGCCUAUUUUGGGGGACUCAGCCCGUUCCCAACCGAGUUCGUGUUGAUUCCUUAGUUAAUGUCCAGCAGUCAGGGUAUAUUGUUUUUGGCCUAUGAUAUGACUCCAUCUAUCCCGUUCCGUUGUGAGACAGAGUUGGGAGUACAUUACGUAUCACUAUGUUAGGGGAUAAAGAUGAGUUCGCCUUUGUCGUGUUCAAAGCCG